UUCAUUCCCAUUCUCUCUCAUAUUCUCCUUGAACUUCCUUCCGCCGCCGCUCUUUUCCUGGUUUCCCUCUCUCUGCAGAAACAUGGCUUCUCACUCCCUCUGGAGCCUCUCCCUUGGCCUGCUGAUGUUCGCCGUAGCAGCACUAGCGGCGGCGCCCAAAAAAGCGGUGGAUGUCCCCUUCGGCCGAAACUACGUCCCCACUUGGGCUUUCGACCACAUCAAAUACCUCAAUGGCGGCUCUGAGAUCCAGCUCCUUCUUGACAACUACACUGGUACUGGAUUCCAAUCCAAGGGUUCAUACCUAUUUGGACACUUUAGUAUGCAUUUGAAGCUGGUUGGUGGGGAUUCUGCUGGAACUGUUACUGCUUUUUAUCUAUCUUCCCAAAACUCAGAGCAUGAUGAGAUAGACUUUGAAUUCUUGGGAAAUAGAACUGGACAACCAUACAUUUUGCAAACAAAUGUAUACACUGGUGGAAAAGGAGACAAAGAGCAAAGAAUCUUUCUGUGGUUUGAUCCAACCAAAGACUUCCACACCUACUCUAUCUUGUGGAAUCUCUACCAAAUUGUAUUUUUCGUGGACGAUAUCCCGAUCCGUGCGUUCAAGAAUAGCAAGGAUCUCGGGGUAAAAUUCCCAUUCAACCAGCCGAUGAAGCUGUACUCGAGCCUAUGGAACGCAGACGACUGGGCCACGAGGGGAGGCCUGGAGAAGACUGACUGGUCCAAGGCCCCCUUCGUGGCCUCGUACCGAGGCUUCCACAUCGACGGAUGCGAGGCCUCGGUCAAUGCCAAUAUUUGCGACACGCAGGGGAAGCGGUGGUGGGACCAGAAGCAGUUCCAGGACCUCGACAAGUUCCAGUGGCGCCGCCUGCGGUGGGUCCGGAGCAAGUACACUAUCUACAACUACUGCACCGACCAGACCCGAUACCCGACCCCGCCGCCCGAGUGCAAGAGGGACAGGGACAUAUGAUAUGAUCCAAUGCAAUGUGGUGUAGUAAUUGUUGAGUGAUACUAUUUGAUAUACUAUAUAGUUAUGUAUUAGUGCUGAUUAAUACAAAUUGGGGAGAGAAGCUCAACAUAUUGAUGUAAAUCAAAUAGUUGAUUAUGUUACUCUAA